CCUCCACCGACGACGAUUCUUUCGCGUAGGCAGUAGCCAGCCAGUCUCGAUGCGGACGCGAGACUCGAACAAUGGCCUCGGGUCGCUUCUGCCCCUUGUGAGCGAGCCUUAAGGGCCACGUGACACGCGAGAACACGCAUUUUCACGCAGACACACGUGCCCUGGGACGCACACAAAGGCUCGCAGAAUUCGCCUGAGACUCCUUCGAGUCGUGUCUCGGCCGACUCGGCCUCUUCCACCACGUGGUCGACGGCUCUCGUGUUCGUCGCCCGAUACAGCCUCCGUGUGUCGUGAAUCGCGAGAUAUUUUCCAGUGGAAUCUUCCAAGCCCACCUUUUCGUGAAUCAUCACCGUCAUAUGCACUCUUACUUAUAUAUAUACGUUCUCGUGUUGCUCGCGCGUGAAUCGCGGUUUCGAUUCGACGAAUCGAUCCAGUAGUUUAUCAUAGUCGUCAACCGGGUUACAUCGAUGGUGUGUACGUGAUGGUGAAGUGAAGGAGAUCGCGUUUCUCUCUGUCUCUCUGUCUCUCUUUCUCUCUCUCUCUCUUACGUACGAUCGGGCCAAUUUGGUACGCGCGAAACGUGAAGGGGGCUCGGUGUUGUGUGUACAGGGAACCAACUCCCCGCUGCAAAUCUUCGAACUGGGCGGAGGGAGAGGGAUGUCGUUGAAAACGAGCUCGAGUGCAUUUGGAGAGGACGUUUUAACGCUUGCCUACGUGCACUGGAAGCAUUAGCCGCUCCGUAGAAUCGAGGAAAUCGACGUGAGACGAUGCCCGCGCACUGUGAUCGGGCACCACGCGCCCUCGGAUGAGCGCCACUCCUCCUCACCCAGGAUUCCGAGCUGUCCAGUGAAGAGUCCACAGCCCUUGAAGGAAUUUGUGGGUCGCUGUCAGACGAUGCCAUCGCGAGUGAAAAAGUCCUUCUGCGGUUGCCUUCAGGAUGACGAGCCACCGGAAAUCACGUAUUGCGUUGUGGAGCACACGGGUACGCUCACGCUUCAAGCGAUGACGCCCACCCUGCCGAUGCCCGCCGAGGAGGAAUUGAACAAGAUGUUCCUCGAAUUGGUGGACGAGUUGGACCUGACCCAGGCCAACCGGCAGGCGGUUCUGGCACUUCCGGCCAACAAAAAGUGGCAGAUAUACUGCUCCAGAAAAGGCAACGGCACGCUGGAGAACGGUGGGCUCAGGACCACCGACCUGAGCGGGGAUCCGGAAGAUUACAUCAACAGGCUGAGGACGAUAGCUAGCAGUCCUUUUCCGGAAGAGGGCGAGGAAGUCUCUAACCAAAUGCGGCAGACCGAAGCCCUGAAGACCGCUCUGAGAACGCAGCCGCAUAGUUUUGUCCUCAGAUUCAUAGAGCUGGAUGGAUUGAACGCUCUGUUGCAAGUUCUCGGAACAAUGGACGCGGAAGCAGCGAACAGCAAUCUGCACACGAGCGUGAUAGGAUGUUUGAAGGCGUUGAUGAAUAAUUCGAACGGGAGAGCGCACGUAUUGGCCCACCCUACCGCCAUUAACACGAUAUCUCAGUCGCUGGCGACUGAAAACAUUAAGACGAAGAUAUCCGUGUUGGAAAUUCUGGGCGCAGUCUGCCUGGUCCCAGGUGGUCAUCGGAAGGUCCUCGAAGCAAUGCUCCAUUUCCAGCAGUAUCACUCGGAAAGAACGCGUUUCCAAAGUAUUAUAAACGACUUGGACAAGAAUUUCGGCAUCUACAAGGACAAUCUGUCUCUAAAAACAGCAAUUAUGUCGUUCAUCAAUGCGGUGCUGAAUUAUGGGCCAGGUCAGGUGACGUUGGAGUUUAGGCUGCACCUGAGAUACGAGCUGCUCAUGCUUGGUAUACAGCCGAUCAUCGAGAAGCUGAGGAAGUACGAGAACGAGACGUUGGACAGACAUCUGGAUUUCUUCGAGAUGGUGAGGAACGAGGACGAGAAAGAGUUGGCCAGGAAGUUCGAGAAGGAACACGUGGACACGAAGAGCGCCACGGCGAUGUUCGAUCUGUUGAGAAGGAAGCUCAGCCACACUGCGGCGUAUCCUCACCUAUUGAGUCUUCUCGAACAUUGCCUUUUAUUGCCUCUCGAUUAUGGCUCUCAUCCUCAACACUGGCUGUUGUUCGACCGGAUCGUGCAACAGAUCGUUCUUCAGUCGGAAGGUAACGACACAGGUGUGACGAGGAAUCCCGAUGUGGCGCCGAUCGAGAUCAACGUGAAGGAGAUCGUCCACCUGCUCGCUAAGGAAGAAGAACUCGUCGCGGCUAGGAAAAAGGCCGAGGAGUUGGAACGAGAAAACUCGGACAUGUCGACAAGAUUGGCCAAGAAGGAACAGGAGUUGGAUCUGAGAACGCAGGAGAAAGAAGACAUCGAGGCCAGCUUGGCGAGGGUGAAAGAACGGCUCGAGAAAGAGACGUCGAUGCACAUAGAGACCAAGCAGAGGAUCUCGGAAUUACAAGACAAUCUCGAGACCCUGUCACGGCAGAUAAACAACGAAAAAUCGGAGAGGAAGAGGUUGGAGCAAUUGGUAGCCUCUGGCAGUUUACCGGACGAUGCCAAAGCGACCAUUAAGAUCGUGGAGGACGAAGUUCUGGAGAAAGUCGAGGCCAAGCCAAUGCCACCGCCACCUCCGCCCCCACCCUUGGCACCUCCGCCACCUCCUUGCUUGAUGCCUACAGCUCCCCCUCCAAUGAAGGUGGAGAUAAUCAAGAAUGUUCCUCAACCGAGCAACCCUCUCAAGUCCUUCAAUUGGUCCAAGAUUCCCGAGCAGAAGUUGCAGGGCACCAUAUGGUCGGAACUCGACGACACGAAACUGUACAACGUCAUGGAUCUGGAGUCGAUCGACAAAAUCUUCUGUGCUUAUCAAAAGAACGGAGUGUCCGCGGAGGGUUCGAUCGAGGAUCUGCGAACCUUAGGCAAGAACAAGAAGACAAUGUCGGUCAUUGAUUCGAGGAGAGCUCAGAACUGCACGAUCUUGUUGUCGAAAUUGAAAAUGUCCGACAACGAAAUCACGAGAACGAUCCUCUCCAUGGACCAGCAGAAUAUUCUGCACAUAGACAUGGUCGAACAACUGUUGAAAUAUAUUCCAUCGUCGGAAGAGGCUGCUCUCUUGGACAUGCAUCAGAAAGAGCUUCAAAGCAGGGCUGAUUGUUUCCUUUACCAAAUAUCCAAAGUGCCGCACUACGAGCAAAGAUUACGAUCUCUUCACUACAAAAAGAAAUUCGCCGCAAGUAUCGCGGAAUUGACGCCUAGAAUGCGCGCUGUCCUCGAAGCUAGUCGACAAGUGGCCAGAUCCCGGCGGCUCAGAAAACUCCUCGAAUUGGUCUUGGCUUUAGGGAAUUACGUGAAUCGCGGGAACGCCCGUGGGAACGCUUGCGGCUUCCGCCUUGCCUCCUUGAACCGUCUAGUCGAUACCAAGUCCUCUUGCUCCAAGGGCACAACUUUGUUGCACUAUUUGGUUCAGAUCCUCGAGUCCAGGUUUAGAGAGGUGUUGGAUAUCGAGGAGGAUAUGCCGCACGUUCGAACCGCGGCUAGAGUCAGCAUGGCUGACCUGCAAAAAGAGGUGGCCAACUUGAAGAACGGUCUUCAGGAUGUUCAAAGGGAAAUAGAAUUCCAUCGUGGCCAAUCUCAGGUACUCCAGGGAGACAUGUUCUUGCCAGCGAUGAGAGACUUCCAGGCACAGGCUACGUGUAGGCUGGCGGAAGCCGAGGACCUGUUCCAAGACAUGAAAACUAGAUUCGAUCGAGCAGUAAGAUUGUUCGGCGAAGAUUCGGCAGGCGUGCAACCGGACGAGUUCUUCGGGAUAUUCGAGAACUUUCUGCAAGCGUUAGCCGAGGCGAGGCAAGACGUGGAGAAUAUGAGGAAGAAGAUAGAGGAGGAAGAGCGUAGGGCAAAGCAGGAGCAAGAACUUCGAAAAAGAACGAUGGAGAGAAAGAAUUCUCGCGAAGGGAUAUUGAACAGCAUCUCGUUGAGCAAGAAGAACGAGGCCAACAGCAAUGGGCAAAACGACAAUAAAGGCGAAUUCGACGACUUGAUAUCGGCUCUUCGAACAGGUGACGUGUUCGGGGAGGAUAUAGCGAAAUUCAAACGAUCGAAGCGUCGACCGGUGACACCGAGCGGUCAAGAAUCGCGUAGACAUAGCGCGCAUAGGGAAGAUUCCAGAGAGAGACAUUGAGAGGGAUAUUUGUUGGAGUCAGGAUCGGUGACUAGAAUGUCACUGGAAUCACUUUACGAUUAAAACGAUAUGUGAUACAGACGAAACAAGUCGCGUUGAAAGAUAUCAAUUUCCUUAAGGGAUAAAGGAGGGAAUAACAGAUACGAUACGAUAAGUAAGAAACGUGUAAAUAGAGUAAAAAAAAAAAAAAAAAAAAAAAUGAAGACUACGAAGCUUCGUUUUUCGUAAAAAAAAUUCCUUUAUCGUUAACGUAGUAUUAUUUUUCACAAUGCGAUUCCUGUUUAAUUCACAUAAAAUUGUCUUCCUCGUUCUUCGCUCGCGAUUCACUUUCGUAUCGAAACUGCAUUAUAUUAUAUAUACAUGUACGUUUUCAUUGAAAUCUCGUUAUAUUUUCUUUUUACAAUUAUUAUUUUUUGCACACAAUUUGCGAUUUCGUUCGACGUUACGUACGAAACGAAGAGAAAAAGAAAAAAAAAUUGAGGAACGGAGUUGCCUCGCGACAGCACAAUUUUUCAAUUUAUAGGACCAAGGUGUCGGCGAUUAACGACGCCUCGAUGUUAUAACGCAAUUUCGAUGUUUGUUUCUUUUUUUUUUCUUUCUUUUCUUUUUUUUUUUUUUCCCCCGUUUGAUCGAAAUCAAUGGUGGAAAUUUUAUUUUCGAUUAUCGCACACGUCAAUUAAAACUGACCAAAAUCGCGUAAAAAUUUGGAAAAUCGAACAAGUGAGCGAGCACACAGUUUGUACAUUGUUAAAAGAGCGUUUUUUACGUUACGAGUCAAUACAAGAAUUAUCACGCGAUUAUUUUCUGUAUAUAGUCAUUAAUAGAUUCGUUAAGGUAGUCCGCGUUUGAUGACAAGUGAUUCGCAAAACUUCGACGAAGUAACAUCAGGACCAAGGAGGAGAAAUAACGAACAAUAAGAAAACGCAACGCGAUCCUAAGGACGAUAGACUUGUUACAAUUUUGAGAAAGACUAUAAAAGAAUUUCUUACACGAAUGAAUUUUCGACGAAUUCCUUAUUGGAAUUCUAUUUAAAUCCUUUUUGAGAGAAACGACACGCUUUUUGUAUACCAAGAAACAUACCAAUAGGGGCUUUUGGGGCGCAAUUUCUAAUAUUUCAGCCCCGCGAAACUUACAAGUCUGAUUUUUGUAUUUUAUAGGAAAGGACCUAAGCAUCGAUUAGAUUAUUUAUAGGGGCUCGAGUUAAUAAUUGCCAAGUCGUUGAUGGAAUCCGUGUUAGUUUUCGAUGUGUAGACCAGAAAGAGAGAGAAAGAAAGAGAGAAAGAGAGAGAGAGAGAGAGAAAAUUUAGAUAAAAGAGAGUACAUUGUAUAGUAGUCGAUGUUUUGUAAGCUUUUGUAUUUUUGUAAAUAUUCAAUAUCGAUGUCUCAGUUCUUGCGGAUGGCAACGAAAACCCUGCAAGAAUCAAUGUUCAGUUAAUAUAUUACUGCGUCCUUAAUAUCACAUGUACUAAUAUAUAAAGAAAUAUAUCGAAUAAACGUAAAAUUCAAAUCA